CAAGAACGGGCACGACCAUCUCUUUUUCACUCAGUUCCUACCCGAAUCCUCUAAUCCGUUUGAUUGAUAUGGCGUCCACUCUCGCGCUCGGUCUUGGUGUCGCUACGGCCGCCUUCUUGGGUCGUGCUGGUCUGGUUGCCUAUCGUCGGUCCCAAGGAGGUGUUAAUGCUCUUGGAAAGGCCUUUUACAAAGGAGGAUUUGAACCUCGGAUGAACCGUCGCGAAGCCUCCUUGAUUCUCGAGCUCCCGGAGCGCACUUUGAACAAGGACAAGGUUCGCAAGAAGCACCGCCAGUUGAUGCUGCUCAACCACCCCGAUCGCGGUGGUAGCCCCUACCUGGCAACGAAGAUCAACGAAGCCAAGGAGUUUUUAGAUAAGCAUUCUUGAGUUAUUCCCGGGAUUGAUCUAUUGCUUGCAGCUACUACUGCUAGUGACUGCAAUUUGAGAUGAGCGACCGGAAAAGAAAUCCGGGUGGGAUUUUGGGAAUCUGAUACGAGCCAGAUCAUACUCCGUGUAUAAAAUGCUGUCUUUGGGUGCAUAGCGUGGCGUUGGCUGGAUUCCGAGGAUGGGAUGUAUAUACCCUCAUCCUCUUGGAUAUUUGUACUGUAUAUAUUGGUGAAUCGCCACUCUUGAAUUAACAUUCUGCACAUGC